GCACCCUCCCCACGGCCGCUCUGCCGCAGGCUGCCGGUCGCCGGGAGGGAAUGCAAGCUCCAGCUUCUCGCCGCUCCUCUUCCUGACCUGCCAUCCCAGGGGUUGCGGAGCUUGAAGCUGCGAGGAAGCACGUGAGAUUAGAAACAGCUGAACACACACACGUGGCCCCGCCUCGCUCCCACUCCCUUCCUUUGGAAACUGGUCGCUGGGUGUUCGGGGAGCAGGUGUGCACAGAGGAAGGUGAUGCCCAAGGAGCCCCUGCAGGUGCCUCAGGCUCCCAGGACGGGAGGCACCUGCGACGCGUCCCUCCCUGACAUAGCCAGCAAAGCCUCUUACCUGGGGAACCGCUCUCUGCACCCCCCCCCCCCCACACACACACACACCCCUGCAGACCAGAGCCUCCCUGCAAAUCCCGCAGGAGUUACUGCCCCUGGGCACCCACACCCGCCAGCUGGCAGCCGGCCCUGGCCGAGUCCCCCGCGGCCUCCAGCGCCUCUCCUUCCCCUGUGCUCAGCCGUGGUGGAUGGGGGCCUGGACAACCUGAUGGCCCACACGGCCUACCUGCAGGCCGGCAAGGCGGGGGAGGGAGAGCGCCGGGAGCUGCGGCGGCGCCCGCUCCGCCAGGCGCUGCCCCCCCACUCCCACAGCCUGUGCCAGCAGCAGCCCGUGGGCCGCCGCCUCUUCCGGGCCUUCCUGGCCACGGAGCCCCGGUACCGAGAGGCCGCGGCUCCUGCGCAGGUGCAGAGCUGGGCGCUGGCGGAGGGCCCGGCCAAGGGCAGCAGGAGCAGGCUGCAGGCGCUGGUGGCCGCUGCUGGCGGCCCUGCCCCCGGGCACCCACCCGCCUUCCUCGGCCCGGCUCUGAGCGCCAGGUGCCUGGCCGCCACCGCUGAGGAUGAGCGGGCAGCCCUGGUGGCGCUGGACCGGGCCGAGGCCACGGCCUUCCUGCAGGGCCAGCCCCUCUACGGCCAGUUCCUGCGCUGGAAGGCCUUGGAGAUGCAGCGGGGGUCGGAGCAGUGCCUCGCCGAGUUCCGCGUGCUGGGGAAAGGCGGCUCCGGGAGGUAGGCGUCUCCGCACAGCCAGGUAUGUGCUGUCCAGGUGAAAAACACUGGCAAGACGUAUGCCUGUAAGAAGCUGGACAAGAAGGGGCUGCAGAAGAAACACGGUGAGAAAAUGGCUCUCCUGCCAAAGGACCUGGAGAGGAUCAGCAGCCCUUUCGUUGUCUCUCUGGCCUACGCCUUUGAGAGCAAGUCCCACCUGUGCCUGGUCCUGAGCCUGAUGAACGGGGGAGACCUCAAGGUCCACACCUACAGCGUGGGCCCCCUCGGCCUGGCCACGAGCAGGGCCGUCUGCUCCUCGGCCCAGAUGGCCUGCGGGUCGCUGCACCUGCACUCCCUCGGCAUCGUCUACCGGGACCUGACGCCCGAGAACGUGCUCCUGGACGGCGAUGGCCACCGCAGGCUGUCCGACCUGGGGCUGGCCGUGCAGACCCGGGAAGGCAGGCCCGUCACCCAGAAGGCUGGAACCAAUGGUUACAUGGCGCCUGGAAUCCUAAUGGGAAAAGUGAGUUACUCCUACCCCGUGGACUGGUUUGCGAUGGGAUGCGGUAUCUAUGAAAUGGUUGCUGGAAGAAUACCAUUCAAAGAUUACAAGGAAAAAGUCAGUAAAGAGGAUUUAAAGCGAAGAACCCUGCAAGAGGAGGUCAGAUUCCAGCAUGACAACUUCACAGAGGAAGCCACAGGCACAUGCAGACUCUUGGCUAAGAACCCAGGGCAACGAGUAGGAAGCAGAGAAAAGUCAGAUGGUCCCAGGAAACACCCUUUCUUCAAAACCAUCAACUCCCCGCGCCCGGAAGCAGGCCUCGUUGCCCCCUACGUGCCAGACCCUUCGGUGGUUCAUGCCAAGGACACCGACGACAGUGAAGCUUUCUCGGAGGUUCGGGGGACGGAGGUUGACGCUGGAGACAAGACGCCCUUCCAAAGGUUCGCCUCAGGUGCUGUCCCCGCAGCGCGGGAGGAGGUCCUGGAAACGGGGCGGAUUGAAGCACUGCGCCAUCCCGGCAGACGUGCAGGUUGCGGGGAGGGUAAUUCGGCCGCGUCUGCCGCGUGUUUGUUAUUGUAAGUUGUUCUCCCUACCAGACAGGCAGCAGGAGUCUCAGCUGACCUAAUCCUCGAAUGUUCCUGUUAACCCAAAAAUAAAAAAAUAAAAAAUAAAAAGGCCUUUCAAGAGGAGAGGCAACACGC